UCCUCAUCACUCCCAUUCACAUCAUCAUCACAAGUACCAACAGCAAACAGUUCUUUUUUACUUUACCAACGUAUCCGCCUACCAUGAAGGCGCAGGCAACCAUCGCGCUGGUCGCCGGCCUUUUGGCGAACGCCGUAACCGCUCAGACAUCUUUGGGCGAAUUGUCCUUUGGAGCGCCUCAGUGCGGUGAUGGCAAACUAAGCGGCAUCAACGCCGCCGACUGCAACACGGCGGUUGCUCAAUUGCUAGGCACUCACUGUUCAGGAGGUGUCUGCAGCAUCCCCGCCGCAACAGGCGGUGCCUCGGAGUCGGCCAUCUCUGUGUUGGUUGGAAAGUGUGAAGCCUUCAUUGGUGCCUUUGCAGAUGGAAAGGCUGUCACUUUCAACGAAGAUUCGGUGCAACAGGCGUUUCCUGGCUUCAUUUCUCAAUGCCUUGCUGCGUCUGGUGGCUUUGGUAGCCCAAUCUUGAUCAGCACUGACGGAGUCAUCCGCCUGGUUAUUUCCAACGGAGAGAGUGGUGGUGGCUAAAGGUGUGGGUAUGGAUAUAUAAAUCGAACAUACGGGGAAGCAUUGGAUAUAAGUGGUUACAAUAUAGCUAAAGAGAGACCAUGCAAAGUCAAAUAUAUUGUUUUUCUAUCCGGC